CAGCGGAGCGCUCGCAGUUAGCGUCAGCGGCGAGCAGGUACACAUCGAGCGGCGGAACACGGCGGAGGAGACCGAUUCUGGACCCGAAAACCCACCCGUACAGCGAACACACGGACACGUAGACGAUCCUAAGAUGGUCCUCUGGUGAAGAAGCAUUGAGGAGGAGGAGUCAGCUCCAUCCAGGUGUGGAGGGACCUCAGCCCGUCUGACAGCCCACAUCCAGCUCUUCUUCUGCAGACACCAGAUGGACUGCGGACUCUGAGGGCGCAGCCAGCCAGGACCAAAUCCAGCAGGGGGCCGGAGCAGGACCGGGUCAGGGGGGGAGAGGAGCGGACGAGGGGCUCCACCAUGUCGUCCAACAGGACCCAGAACCCUCACGGACUCAAACAGAUAGGCCUGGACCAGAUCUGGGACGACCUGCGGGCUGGAAUCCAGCAGGUGUACACGAGGCAGAGCAUGGCCAAGUCCCGCUACAUGGARCUCUACACACAUGUAUAUAACUAUUGUACCAGCGUCCACCAGUCCAGCAUUGGCCGAGGAGGCUCCGGACCCCCAGCCAAGCCCUCCAAGAAGUCCACCACCCCGGGCGGUGCUCAGUUUGUGGGCCUGGAGCUCUACAAGCGGCUCAAGGAGUUCCUGAAGAACUACCUUACCAGCCUGCUGAAGGACGGCGAGGACCUGAUGGACGAGUGUGUCCUGAAGUUCUACACCCAGCAGUGGGAGGACUACCGCUUCUCCAGUAAGGUCCUGAACGGGAUCUGUGCCUACCUCAACCGCCACUGGGUCAGACGGGAGUGUGACGAGGGCCGCAAGGGCAUCUACGAGAUUUACUCCCUGGCUCUGGUGACCUGGAGGGAAUGUUUGUUCCGACCCCUCAACAAACAGGUAACGAACGCUGUUCUGAAGCUGAUCGAGAGGGAGAGGAACGGAGAAACCAUCAACACCAGACUGAUCAGCGGGGUCGUCCAGUCUUAUGUGGAGUUGGGUCUGAACGAGGAGGACGCCUUCGCCAAAGGCCCCACGCUGUCCGUCUACAAGGAGUACUUCGAGUGUCAGUUCCUCACCGACACCGAACGCUUCUACACCCGGGAGAGCACCGAGUUCCUGCAGCAGAACCCGGUCACCGAGUACAUGAAGAAGGCGGAGGCCCGUCUCCUGGAGGAGCAGCGCCGCGUCCAGGUUUACCUCCACGAGUCCACGCAGGACGAGCUGGCCAGGAAGUGUGAGCAGGUCCUCAUCGAGAAGCACCUGGAGAUCUUCCACACCGAGUUCCAGAACCUGCUGGAUGCAGACAAGAACGAAGAUCUGGGUCGGAUGUACAACCUGGUGUCUCGGAUCACAGACGGUCUCGGUGAACUGAAGAAACUCCUAGAGACCCACAUCCACAACCAGGGCCUGGCCGCCAUCGAGAAGUGUGGCGAGGCGGCGCUCAAUGACCCCAAAGUUUACGUCCAGACCACCUUGGACGUCCACAAGAAGUACAACGCCUUGGUCAUGUCUGCCUUCAACAACGACGCUGGCUUCGUGGCAGCGCUCGAUAAGGCGUGCGGUCGCUUCAUCAACAACAACGCCGUCACCAGGAUGGCCCAGUCCUCCAGCAAGUCCCCCGAGCUGCUGGCCCGCUACUGCGACUCUCUGCUGAAGAAGAGCUCCAAAAACCCAGAGGAGGCGGAGCUUGAGGACACGCUGAACCAAGUGAUGGUUGUGUUCAAGUACAUCGAGGACAAAGAUGUUUUCCAGAAGUUCUACGCCAAGAUGCUGGCCAAACGUCUGGUCCACCAGAACAGCGCCAGCGAUGACGCCGAGGCCAGCAUGAUCUCCAAACUGAAGCAAGCAUGCGGCUUCGAGUACACGUCCAAACUGCAGAGGAUGUUCCAGGACAUCGGAGUCAGCAAAGACCUGAACGAGCAGUUCAAGAAGCACCUCAGCAACUCAGAACCUCUGGACCUGGACUUCAGCAUCCAGGUUCUGAGCUCCGGGUCCUGGCCCUUCCAGCAGUCCUGCACCUUUGCUCUGCCCUCAGAGUUGGAGCGGAGCUACCAGCGCUUCACGGCGUUCUACGCCAGCAGACACAGCGGCAGGAAGCUCACCUGGCUGUAUCACCUGUCCAAAGGAGAGCUGGUCACCAACUGCUUCAAGAACCGGUACACGCUGCAGGCCUCCACCUUCCAGAUGGCCAUCCUGCUGCAGUACAACACAGAGGACAGCUACACGGUGCAGCAGCUGACCGACAGCACGCAGAUCAAGACUGACAUCCUGGUCCAGGUUCUGCAGAUCCUGUUGAAGUCCAAGCUGCUGGUCCUGGAGGAUGAGAACGCCAACGUGGACGAGGUGGACUUCAAACCCGACACGGUUAUCAAACUCUUCCUGGGAUACAAGAAUAAGAAGCUGAGGGUGAACAUCAACGUCCCCAUGAAGACCGAGCAGAAACAGGAGCAGGAGACCACCCACAAGAACAUCGAGGAGGACCGCAAGCUGCUKAUCCAGGCCGCCAUCGUGAGGAUCAUGAAGAUGAGGAAGGUCCUGAAGCACCAGCAGCUCCUGGCMGAGGUCCUGAACCAGCUGUCGUCCCGCUUCAAGCCCAGAGUCCCCGUCAUCAAG